CUACAACACGGCAAUGGAAAUGGCGAUCCACAUCUUCCGAGAAAUUUUCUUCAGGAGGAGCAUCCCAAUCCGGGUCAGCUAAGUGCCGGUUGUUCUACGACCUGUGCUUAUAAUCUACAGCGGCAAGUAGAAGAGACUGCAAAAUCAUCAAGUAGUCUAAGUGGAAAACGAGCGAUAGAUGUAGCAAGAACUACAAGGAAACCACCGAUUCGUUUGCAGCAGGAGCACCAGGAGAAGGUGACCACAGGCCCUCUAUCUCUAGCCUC